AAACAAAACAAAAAACAAUGCAAUAUGAAAUUAUUAUUAUGAAUAUGUUAUUAUUUUUUAAUUAUUUAAAGCAUCUGAAAUUAUUCGAAAUACUGAAGUUGAAUAGGAUUUUGUGCUCAUGACUCACCAUCUAAAUUCCGCUUUGUGGUUGUGUUGAAGAAUGGGCGCUUUUUAGUUUUUCAGGUAAAAGAGCCACACAUCCUUUAUUUGUACACUUUUCUACCAAGAAAUAAUCAAUAAUGAGGGUGUUUUGUAACGGUCUCAAUUUAUAUGGGCAGCUGAAUACAAAUAAAGCUGUUGUGGGAAACCUAGAGCCAGUUUUCGAGUUUGAGGUUAUAAGAAAGAUGUGCAUAAAUUACUGUUUUUCUGUUAUUCUAACUUCUGAUGAUUGUCUGAUAUGUUGGAAAAAUGAGAUGCAUUUAGUUCCUAGAAAAUCUGGAGAGACAAUACUUCAUGUAACUUCUAAUGAUGAGAGAAUAAUUUCAUUGAGUGAAACUGGGAAAUUGGCUAAAUCAGACUUGGACAAGUUGUGUGAUUUCAAGGAGAUGAUGUCCAUUUUAUCUUGUGAAUCUGCUGAAGAAAAAAUUAUAAAUGUCAGUAGCUGUUCCAAGUUAACAGUGGCAUAUUCAAACAAAGGUGCAAUUUUCAACAUUCCCAAUAGGCUUCAUUUUAUUAACCCCCAUAUUGUUGAUGUGAAAUGUGGAAGAGAGCACUGUCUGCUACUGGAUCAAUUUGGGACUGUUUAUUCAUUUGGCAGAGGAAGUCGUGGACAACUGGGUCAUGGAAAACUAGAUGAUGAAGAAGAACCUGUUCUCGUGGAAGCUCUAGCUGGAAUAAAAAUAACUCAAAUUUCCGCAGGAGGCUGGCACUCCGGCGCUCUGAGUCAAGAUGGUGACCUUUAUAUUUGGGGAUGGAAUGGUAAUGGACAAUUAGGGCUGUGUAAAAGGAAAACUGAUGACAGAGCAGCGGAGGACAACAGUGUUUCUGUUAUGGCUACUCCACAUGUUGUAGAUUUUGAGGAUUCAGAGAGGAAUGUAAUCAAGGUGGCGUGUGGAGGUCGACAUACUCUUGCAUUACUAGAUAAUAAUCAUUUAUUUGGUUGUGGAUGGAACAAAUACAAACAACUUAAAAACCUAGAAGAUGAGAACAUUUCUGUAUUCACUUACCUUCAUGACUUUGAACAAGAUGAGGUGGUGGAUAUCGCAUGUGGCCCAUGGAAUUCUGCAGUUAUUUGUAGGUAACAAGUAAAUAUUAUAGUCAUGUUCAAACGAAUACAUCCAGAUGCGACCUUGUUAAAAAUAUAUAGAACAUUUUCGUUCGACCAAUUUUAUUCCUCCAUGAUGUAUCCUCUAAUUUGAUCUUGACUUGAUUGAAUAAAGGUUUGAGCAAUAUUGAUCUUUU